AUGGAGAGUCCAUCUUUGCGUCUUCCCGAAGUCUCCAAAGGACUCGGCGCACGGAUGAGCGUAAGGGGGCUUCCUGCAAUUCCUACAACCCCACCCAAGUCGGAAUCUCCCUCUUCUUCAGCUGACUUUUGGAUUCCUCAUCUUUCCGGGGAUGGUCAGAUUUGCUACGUCAACACUGUCACCGGGCAGCUAUCUCGUGAUCUACCGAACGACACGGAGGAUGAAACGUUUGAUUAUGAACUUGCAGGGUUGACUUCAUCACAAUUGAGCUCUCGUGCUGGUACCGGUGCUGGGCUCGGGUUUGCUUCCUCCGGUGAUCUUGACACUUUAUCUGUCGCAAAUGAUCCUCCUCAGUCACAAUCGAAUCAAGCGGAGCCCACGUCAUCACAUCAUCACCUAGAUAGUGCACCGCCGUCUCUGACAGCUUCCACAACGCCACUCUCGCCUUUUCUUCUUGCAGACCUUCCACCAAGUCGCGCUUGUUCCCAGACAGACUCUUUUGUAUCUCCCUCGAAUCGUCAUUCAUACCGUGUUUCCAGUGUCCUUUCCGGUUCACAGACUGAUCAAUUAAUAAAGAGGAAUCUUACUACGCGGGAGAGCUUAUCUACCGGUCAUCAGAAGUCGUUUUCCACGGAUCACGACGCUCGUCACUUCCCAUACGCCUACCGUCCGCCGGUCGUCAGAAAGGGCUCUCGGUUAAGGGAAGCUGGCACAUUAUCCAUGCUUCCCCAAGUCCAGGAACUUUCGCCAGAAGACCCUUGUCAACUUCUGACUGCACCACCGUCUCUGGAGGAAGUGCUUUCUCCUCGUCCACCAGAGCUCAUUUCUGAAUUACUACAUCGAUCUCAACAAGCCAUUCGCUCUGUCAUCACGCAUCUGCAGCAGUUUGGAAUCCCUCGCGUUGCAGAGGACGAAGCAAUCGUCGAUAGCCUCAUCAAUGUCGCUAUCACUUCAGUUCGUGAUUUACUCUACGUCUCUGGCCCCUCUUUCGGACAAAUCCCAAGUCAUCUUGUUCCGGAAGAAUUACAAGAUCAAAGGAAAACCAGCACAGCAUCGCACACGCUACUUGUUCCUGCACAGCGUCGAGCUAUUGCAACACUCUCCAAAUUUCUGCUCUCUGCCAGAGCGAUUCUGAAUGAUGGUCCCUGGAGUACAAGUGAUAACAUCAGCAACCUUGCGAUCGAUGCCACAGAACUUGAGCGUUCUGUUGUCGAUUUCGUGUCAAUCGUGCAACGUUGUCGCAGUGACGAGGUAGAUCCCGAUAGGGGUCCGAGACACCUGCAGGGGUACUUCUCAGCACCAUACGCAGGACUUGGAAAGGCUGGGGCUGGGGCUGCUGGAGCUUGGAAAGGAUUUGGUUGGGUCAGCAUCGAUGAUAAUGAGGAGGCCCCCCGGCGAAGCUUGGACAGCAUAGUCUUAGACGACAUCGUGGAGCUUGUACUGCAGGUGCAAGAGAAGUCGAAUACGUUCGUUGAAGGCUUACGGGCUUCGGCACCUGCCGACGUCGUAACACCAGCUGGCUUACGAAUGAUGAAUCAGUUGUCUUCCCUCCUCCUCUACCUUGGUGACCUGCACGUCGCUCGGCACGUCGAUAUCGAGCCUGUGAAUCAGGAAGAACUUAAUAAUGGUGCUCAAUAUCUCCGGACCAUUGAGAAAGCCAGAGUCCUCGUACGGUCAUUCGAAGCCACGACUCAGGCUGUAUACGACGACGGUGCGGCACUACUCACCACUACCCAGCGGAUCCGUCAAGAAUGCGAAGCAUGGCGUGAUCGGGAUGAAAAUUAUGAUGACCUCGAAGCGCUCAACUCUUCACUGGACUUCAACCUUCAGGUUCUGCGACAGACUCUCGAAAGUCUCCUCAAAAUCGUACAGGAACAGACUGAUAUUCUCGAGCAGAGUAACAAGAGCCACGUCGAGUGGCGUAUGUCACAACGAAGCCUCAUUACGGCAAUGUUGGUCGAGGAGGCACUUAAUGGCUCGAAUAACGAGCUCUACGAUUCGAAUAAUGACGACGCAGAUGAUAUUCUCAGGAACGUUGCAAGUAUCGAGAAUACCACACCUAUAGGAGAAACACUGGCUCCGCCUGUACCAAGCGGAAAACCUACUUUAAUACCCCCGAUACCCGAUAUACCGUGGACAACAACUGAACUUGAAGGCAGAACUCCCCCUCGUCCGGACAAGAUAAGGGCGUUCUUUGGUGACGAUGCGCCUUCCCACUAUCUCAUCACCCUCAAUGCCGAAACCAAACCUUGGUAUCUGAGACCGACGUACGAUCCCAAAGAGGGGGAACUGUUGUGGGUCCUAGUUGAGCGUCUAACCGCUCAUGAAUAUGCUGAUCCAAAGUUCAGCAAAGCUUUCCUGAUGACUUACAAGACUUUCACUACCCUCGAUGAAUUGUUCAGGUUGUUGGUGGAGCGUUUCUGGAUACAGCCUCCAGAAGGGCUACAGUAUCAGGACUUGGAAGAGUGGCGGAAGCUUAAACAACACAUAAUUCGUAUGAGGGUUCUCAACACAGUCAAGUCAAUAGUUCAAGAUGACGAUGUGUUAGAGAGAGACGACACGUACAUUCUUGACCGCAUGAUGGAAUUCGUGUCCCGAGAUGAAGUUAUUACUCUACCAGCGGCAAAGCAGCUUUUGGUGAUCAUUAAACGUGCUCAGCGAGGGCGUGAUCCAAACAAAGUGACAAUUAACAUGGCUCUGGAACCGCCACCUCCACCAAUAGUCCCUAAACGGAUGGAGCUACUUGACAUUGACGCCUUGGAGCUAGCAAGGCAAUUGACCAUCACAGAAAGCCAAUUAUACCAGAAGAUUCGACCUUCUGAAUGCCUUCUGCGAUCCAAGGAAUCGAAAACUGAUCACCACGACAACAUCGCGAACUUCAUUCGCCGCAGCAACAGGGCAACCAACUGGGUUGCGUAUGCCAUCCUUUGCAAAGACGAACCUCGCAGACGCGCUUCCAUCAUGAAACACUUCAUCGCUGUUGCUGAUCGCUGCAGGCACAUCCAGAAUUUUUCGACUAUGUUAGCCAUUGUAUCUGGCCUAAACUCGUCACCCAUCCAUCGGCUUAAGCGUUCCUGGGAGCAAGUGGGCACCAGAUACAUGUCGCAGUUGGAGACAUGCGAGACAACAAUUAAUUCUUACAAGACCUAUAAUGUCUAUCGAUCUGCUCUUGCGAAGGUUUCUCCACCUUGCGUUCCCUUCGUCGGCGUAUUUCUUACUGCACUGACACACAUUCAAGAUGGCAGUAAGGAUUUCCUUCCAAACAACCUAGUGAACUUUCGAAAACGCCAGAAGGCUUCAGAGGUCAUCCAAGAUCUUCAACGCUGGCAGACUCAGCUGCACAACUUCCAUCCCCUCCCAUCUGUUCUUGUCUACUUGGACGAAGCACUAGGGCAGUUUGGCGACAAAGAUGUCAGUGAUGUCUUCUGGCAGCUGAGCUUAGAAAGGGAGCCGCGCGAAAAGGAAGAAGAGAGAGAGAAACUUGCCAGGAUGCUACAUGACAGUGGUUUCUUUUGA